AGUGUUGAAAACAGGAAGCAGCACGGAUGCAUGCUGAUGCAUGCCCCUAGCUGUGUGUGUCAACUCUCCCUUCUUACUUACUUCCUACUUUUAGUUAAGGAGGAUCUUGCCAGUCUGCGUGUCUGUUUUUGCAAGUUAGUUUGCUUCAACAAGGCAGUCUCAUCCUGAAGACAGGAAGGCAGGACAGGAUCGUUUGAGAAUGUCAGCCUCUCUGACUGUGUGUGACGUGGAUGAAAGUCUGAAAGCUCUACUGAACAAGUUUAGAUUUCGAAAGGAGACCAACGAUGCUGCCAUACUGAUCAAAAUAGACAUGGAGAAACAGCUUGUUAUCCUUGAAAAGGAACUUCAGGACAUCUCAUUGGAUGAGUUGAGAGAAGAACUUCCAGAGCGUCAACCCAGAUUCAUUGUCUACAGCUACAAAUAUUCCCACGAUGAUGGGAGGGUGUCUUACCCUCUCUGUUUCAUAUUCAGCAGUCCAGCGGGAUGUAAGCCGGAGCAACAGAUGAUGUAUGCAGGCAGCAAGCUUCAACUGGUCAAAGCUGCAGGGCUCACAAAGGUCUUUGAAACGAGAAACGCUGAGGAUUUGACAGAAGAAUGGCUCAAGGAACAUCUGUCAAUGUUUCGCUGAAUAUGCAUCUCCAAUACUUAUCUUUUUCUUUGUGAAACAUGCUUGUGGAUUUUAAGUUUUAAUUGUUUUGCAAGUUAUUGCUAUUAAAAGGAUUUACUGUAAGAAAGGAA